AGCAGCAACGUAAUGGAGCCGUGAGCAUUCUCGUAAGCCGUACGCAAUUGCAUCACCGUUGCCGACACCGUGAUCCCCCCGUGUGUGUACAAUGAGAUUUAACGCCGCCCGCGGCCCGCUCGACCGUCGACACGUGCAUUUUGAAGAUAAUCUGCUUUCCAGAUAAUAAAUAUAUGGAUAACUAUGUAGGUGUACACAGUUCACCUGCAUGUGCCACGUACCACUAGCUUAUUUGGCAUAGUAGAAUGGCACAACGAGGCAAGAGGCAUAGAAACGACAAUGAUCUGGCGUCUUGUCCGGGCGCUGUUAAAAGGCGCAAAUGCAGAUUGGGCCCAGCUGCCACUGGUUCAUCGGCACUGGCAGCGACCAUGGGGCCCUCAGAAGAAGAGGAAACGAUGGCGUCAUCCAGCCAAGGGGGGGCACCCUGGACCGCCCGAUCUGUCAGUGAUAUCAAGAUUCCCAGUAUAUACAAUCGCUCGUCCGCGGAGGCGCCAGCGGAGUUAUUUCGUAAAGACCUGAUCAGCGCUAUGAAAUUGCCGGACAGUGAACCAUUGAGUCCAAACGAGUAUUGGGUUAUAACCGAUCAGUGGAAGCAGGAGUGGGAGAGAGGUGUUCAGGUACCCGUUAAUCCGGAUUCUCUUCCCGAACCGAUGGUUACUGUCACGCAGGCGUCUCCUUUGAAGUUACAAGCUGAAUUCAAAUUGCCUAAAAAGUUAGUAAGAAUAUCUCGUGAUGAUUAUUUUAACUCGGAGGAUCAUCAUUUAAGUACUACUCCUGCAAGAGCGGAGAAAGCCUGUGCUUAUGACCUCGACGAUACUGACAUUGCAUGGUUGGAAGUAUUCAAUGGCGAACGAGCACAGGCUGGACAACCGCCGGUUAUAGAAUCGCAGUUGGAACGUGUCAUAGAGGAGUUGGAAGUGCGAUGUUGGGAAAGGAUCCAAACAAUCGUGAAGAAUGAGGAGGGACUUGGGAUUGAGUACGACGAAAAUGUCAUUUGUGACGUUUGCAGAUCGCCGGACUCCGAGGAAGGUAACGAGAUGGUGUUUUGUGAUUGUUGCAACAUAUGUGUACAUCAAGCUUGUUACGGCAUUACUUCGAUACCCGAUGGCUCUUGGUUGUGUAGAACUUGUUCGUUAAGUCAAAGACCCGACUGUGUAUUAUGUCCUAAUAAGGGAGGUGCAAUGAAGUGCACACGGAGCGGUCAAAAAUGGGCCCACGUCUCGUGUGCGCUUUGGAUACCCGAAGUUAGCAUUGGUUGCGUAGAGAGAAUGGAACCAAUUACAAAAAUAUCCAGUAUUCCGCAAAGUCGAUGGGCCUUAAUUUGCGUUUUAUGCCGCGAACGUGUGGGUGCUUGCAUCCAGUGCAGUAUAAAGACAUGUAAGACAGCGUAUCACGUUACGUGUGCUUUUAAAUAUGGGUUGGAAAUGAAGGCUAUUAUCGAGGACGAAAUGGCAGACGAUGGUGUAAAGUUAAGGUCGUAUUGUCAAAAGCACAGUAGAACAAAUACAAAAGACAAAGUCGGCGUUGGCGGUAGCGUAGGAAGUGGUGGAAAGGGUGGGUCAGAUUCCGAGGAUGGUGAAUCCAGACGACGAAAACGGAAAGACAUGACUUCCGAAGAAAAGAAUCAAGCACGCGCAGCUAAACUGCAAGAAAUUGAAGCGGAAUUUGAUAAGCAUGUUAGUAUAAAGGAUAUUACUUCCCAACAAUUGGAUAUAGAUCCCGAUAGCAUCAUAUACAUAUACAAUUAUUGGAAACUGAAGAGACGAGCCGGUCAUAAUAAACCGUUGUUAGCUCCUCGUUGCGGUGAACUAUCGGGCGCGGGAGCACGCGCUCAGGGUCAAGCGGCCGAUGUAGAAAAGAUGCGUACGUUUGUCCAAUUGCGACAAGAUUUGGAAAGGGUGCGGAACUUGUGCUACAUGGUCGGCCGCCGCGAGAAGCUCUGUCGUACCUUCCUGAGAUUGCGCGAACAAACCUUCCACAAGCAGGCAAUGCUGAUGGCCGGACCGCCAAUGUCUCCGACGAUGGUCGCCGCUAUUAUCGAGGCCAAUCACGGGCCCUCGAUAUACGACCGUCUCUAUUCCCAUACCGAUGCCGAGGAUCACACACAUGACUUCAACACAAUACUCGCGCGCAUCAAAGUUGAGUCGCCUACGCCAGCGUCUAACGACGAGAAGAAAGUACAACCGGACUUCAACGGUGCGUCCAACAAGAAACCCUACUUCAACGGCUCGGUCAGAGGGAAGAGCCUGUACGGAAGUGAUUUGUCGUCCAUGAGCAGUAGCGAGACGGACGCGGUGAAGCCGGAAAGAAAAGCUACUGGCAAAUGUACGAGCAAAUCUAAGAAUAUAAAGGUCGAGAGCGAGUCGAGUUCAGAGGACGACGGAAAUGCAGCGCCGAAGAACAAAACUCCCACUAGGCGGAAAACGAAGAAGAACGCGUCAGACAGGCCACGGGCAAAAUUGCGUGAUAGCAGCGAGAGCGACAAGCUAGACAUGGUGAACAGAUCACGUACUCUGCAACAUAUGGAGCUCGGUAGUUCCGGCAGUGAGAGCGACGAAUUGUUGCCGUUGAGCGCCAACGCCAGCUCUCGCCUGGGUCCAUCCGUAGCUUCUGCCAUAUAUUCGGAUACUGAUUCAGAUUCCCAGGAGCAUCAUUCCCACUCGGCUGUACUUAUCACGAAAGCUGCAGUGAAGGAAUUCUCAGCAGCGGAUAUAUCAAAGAACUCGCAGAAGAACUUCGCGUGUAAGGAUGCCGCAAGAGCAGAAUAUCAGGAUGAAUCCACGAAGAACAAGGAGAAUAUGAAAAACUCUAAGAAGAAGGAAUACAUACCAUCCGCUCUGAUAGUUCCGCAGCGGCAAGCGGCGAAGAAGGCAUCUGAGAUCAUGCAACGAACACAGGGUAAGAAGGAGAAUACUGCGAACGAGCCCGUGGAGUUCGUGAAGUCGCCCGGGGAGCCGCUGAAACCAACUAAGGAGAAGCCAUCUGGCAAGAAACAGCGUGACAACAAAGCGCCGAAGGACGCUAAGAACAAUGACGUUUACGAUUUCGACAAGGAGUUCGGCGACGGCACGGAGAUCCUCGCUUACGUGCCGCAACGGCAGGCUGCAAAGAAAGCCGCGGAGCACAUCAAGAGUGGCAUGGGCACGAAAACUGCUCAAGCGGAGCUCGAAACCGCGGACGGGAAACCAAAGAAGGAAUUGCCGGACGGUGGUAAGAGAAAAGAGAUUAAGAAGGAGGAAUCGCCGAAGAAGGAGGAGCCGCCGAUAAGAAAGGAGGAGUCGCUGUUGAAGGAGAGACGGGGCAAGAAACAGGUGCCUGAGAGCAGCAAUAGCGACAGCAGCAGCAGUGAUAGCAGUAGCAGCAGCUCUUCGGACAGCAGCAGCGAUUCCGACGUGGCUAAGAGUCCGAUGCAGAAGAUGUCGAGCGCCGCUAAGGAGCCGGCUUCCUCUUCAACCACUACCACUACCACGUCCUCCGAAAGCGAUAACGGUAAUCAGGUGAAGAACAAAACUGUGAACAAACGGCAGACAAUGAAUAAAGUCGCAGACGAAACGGUCGAGUCUGAGAAGAGAACUGUCGCGGGGCGGAAACUCAAGAAGCUGCCCGAUAAGAAGCUUAAAACUUCCGACGGGCGGCAUGGACCAGAGUUUCAGCCGCCGUUUACUGAGAGAGAAGAAUCAGGUAGAACCGCAGUACCUAAGGAGCAGCAACAGGCUCAACAACAACAACAACAACAGCAGCAGCAGCAGCAGCAGCAGCAGCAACAACAACAACAACAACAGCAGCAGCAGCAGCAGCAGUCCGGUAAGAAAGCCGACCAAAGAGACUCAUCCAAAAGAUCGGCAUCCCUGCAAUCACAACAGUCAGCUGACCAAAGUGUGCUCGGUGGGUCUCGAAAUAAUGAUGGGUUACGAGGUGUUUCUGGGGCCAAGUCUACCAAGAAAUCAAGCCAGUCUAUCAAGCAGGCACAGCAACAGCAACAACAGCAGCAGUCAACUCUCAGAGGCAAGGAAGACAGCGGCGGAGCAACGUCCAGAGCGAAGUCGGAGACUCGUAAACGAAAAUCGAGUGAGAUUACCGCGAAGGAGGACAAAGGUAACAAAGAAACGUCAUCGCUCAAGAAAGUGGAGAAGAAAUUAACGGAAAAGAUGUUGAAGGAAGUCGAGAAAGAUAACAAACAUGAUACUACAAGUAUUAAAAAUGUCCCGGAAUUCGUAGAACCCCCGAAAGCGACUGAGAAUACUCCUAAAGUGGACGACAAGAAGAUCAAGAAGACAAGUAACAAGAAUGCAAUUAACACGCUGGAGGAGGAGAUGAAGCAGCGACGGGCGGAACGAGACAGUCCGAAGAAAUCAUCGAGGGGACUGGACAAGCUCCUUGAAAAACGCGAGCACCUUGACAAACUGUCAAGGAGUAGGAUUGCCGUUCAACAGGGAAAAUGUAACGAGGAGAAUAAGGAUGUAAAGAUCGUGGCAUCCAUCGCGAAGGAGAAUGUCAGGAGCGAGGACAUUAAGAACCACAUGAGCGAGGAAGUCGCGAUGCUAGACAUGAUGAAAUUGGAAAAAGAGAACGUCGGCAAGAAGAACGUCGAGAGUCGAGAGCUGGAGAAAUCUACGGACAGAAAGAAGAGGAAGUUCGAGAGCGAGACGCAGGCUGCCGUCGAGAUGAUCACGAUCGAAGAGACCGUUGCCAAGGAAUCGAACGAUAAUAUUUGUUUGAGAUCGAUGCCCGAUAAAGUCUCUACCGCGUUAAUAGAAAACGUGACGUCUGAGAAAGAGUGUCAGCAGAAGAGAAGAAAGUCCGUAAAUCGUUCUAUCUUUUCGCCGCAACACGGCAGCAAGGAUCCCAGCGUGUCGGAGCUGUUUGACUUCGAUCAGGACAUGCUGACCGAUGACAUGGUGAACGAUGACGCGAACGAUUUCAGCAUACCGCGCGACGAAGAGCGCGGAACGGUGCCACUUUCGUUCUCCUUCAACAACGAGUUGUGGUUCAAGGAAGACUCAAAGGAGGAUAGUGCGCGAGAGACGCUGCACUUGGUGGAGAAGCUGCGUAUGGAAUUAUCGAAGAAGUCGAAUUCUAGUCAGUUCGAGUUAGAAUCCGUUCCGGCGGAGGAGGAGCUUCCGAAGAAGGAGGAGCCGCCUCUUCAUCCAGUUGAGAAACCAACGGAGGAGCAGCCGCUGCUUCAGGAGAAGGUAGACGUGCCGGAACAGCAACCAAUGUCCGAGGAUCUCACGUGUAAGAAUCAUACUAUGGAGGAUAAGAGAAAGCCUUGUUACUCGAGCAACAGCAACAGCGAGCACUACAUGUACGGAAACGAAGAGCGCGAGACGACUAAAGUAACGGUGGUGGAGCGUGCGAAACUCGAUAGAGCAGAGGCGGACGAGAGAUGGGUACCGCCGAGCAUGGACAAUUUCAAUCCAAGCGACGUGCAACAUUUGAACACGCUGAUUGACAACCAGAACCACCGUUACGUUGCCGCGGCGGCCGCCGCCGCCGCUCAUCAAUUCUCAAACGACAUCGGCGCCGUGAUGCCAGAUCCCGCGGCAAAUCCUGACGCAGCGCUGGUCGCGCACCUCCAGCUCAACAUGCAGGAUCAGUAUCUGCAGCUGCAGCAGGCGCACCCGAUGGAGCGGGUGCAGCAGCAUCUCGAAGCGCAGCAUGCCGUAGCGCAGGAGCAGUCGCGCGUGCAAUCGCUCGCGAUGAUGGAUCAGCAGAUAGCGGCAGCCGGUGCAGGGAUACCGGCGCAGAUCGUCGAUGAUAUCACGCCUAUGGAGAUGGUGAAUCGUCAUCUAAUUCUACCCAACUCGGAGGACGAUCAGGGCAGCGAUAUGGACCGCGUGUUGGACAAGGAGGACGUCUCGUCGGACAUCAGACAGGAUUACACGCAGAGCGACUCGCCGUACAACGAGCUUAACGGCCGACCGGACACGCGAUGGGCCGAAAGCCAGGUCUUACCCUCGCGACGGUCCACGUCGUCGUCCAUCACGUCCGCAUCUUCCGCGGAGGAGCACACGUCUAUUCCCCCUUACAAGAACGUACCUCCGAUAUCUUAUCCGCCUAUGGACGCGACGCCUUACCACUACUCGGAGACUGGCUCUUACGCCGCCGGAGCGGUCUCGCUGUUCCCGCCGCAAUCGUGCACUGCCCCGUUGCCCUAUCCGUCGCCGUUCCCGCCACCCUUCGGCGCCCCCUUCCCGACGCCGCAGUCUAUGCUGCCGCACGUGCCGAAGCCGCUUGAGGAGUCGCUCAACAUCGGGGCGUCGCCGUGCACCGCCGCGUUUACCUCGUCGUCGCAUAACAUGGCCCUCACCGCGGCCAUAGUAUCGCCGACGAAGGUAACCACGCCGCCGCCGGCGCCGCCACCACCGUCGGUGUCGCAGCCGCAACCGCAGCAGCCACCGACGACGCAGCCACCGUCUUCUGCAGCUCCGCCGUCGGCAGGGCACACGCCAUCUUUGCUGUCACAGCCAGCUAACUCGUCCGCCGUGCCGGCGUCCUUCCUCAAUACCAUCGCGGAGACGCAGGUCAGCAACGACACUGUCGUCGUGGAGAACAUAGCAGAGGUACUUAGUGCGGAUAACAAGAGCGCGCCGUCUGGUAAGAAGUCGCCGUCGAAACCGACGAGAACGUCCGCAAGGGUGACAUCCCUGCAGGGCAAAUCGCCCGGUAAAUCGCCGCGCCAGGAGACCACGAAAUCCGCGCCGAGCUCUCGCGGUCGCAGCAGGAGCUCCAAGGGGUCCCAGCAUUCGAGUUAUCGAAGUCGCGGUCGCGGCCGGGGACGAGGACGCGGUAGGAACAACCAGAACUCUUCGAUCACGAUGUUGCCGAUGUCGAACGCGCUGCACAACGACGACUCUAUCCAGAACAAGCUGGUCGGCACCGUGUACGACUUCGACUCGGACGAGGAUUCUGCGAACGAGACCAACAUCGCGGAUCUGAGGACGAUGCGCGAGCGCAAGAAGUCCACUGACGUGAACGAGAAGAAUCGCGCGAGCGAGCCCCUCGGUGGCAUGGCGAACGAUGGUGGUAUGCAGUCCCAUCUGUCUAGUCCUACGCUGCAUACCGCGAAGAAAUACUCCGACGACAAGAAGCUCGCGUCACCGGCGGCGCACCACGACCAUCAGGCUGCCAUAGCCAAGUCCGAGUCGAGCACCAGCCAUCAGUUUGCCGACACGGUCAUGCCGCUGUUACCAGGUCCGGUGGAUAUGCGCACAUACAACUCGACCGUGGACCAGCCGAGCUCGUCGGUCCACGGUCAGCCGUACGGUAAUCAUUUGUUAAGCAGCUUCACGAGCGUAGGCGCGGACUCGAACCUGCCGGAACUCGACGAUUUGCUGCACGGGGACUGUUCCCUCGCGGGUAGCGGCUUCGAGGAGCCGUGCUCGAAACCGGGCUUCGGCGACCCGUCGGCGAUCGACCCAUCAUCCGCAUCCAGCUACGAACCGAACAAGGUUUCUCUGUCCGAUUCCAGAAAUCAACUGAAGGUGAAAAUCAAAGGCCCGUUUCUUGACGCGAAUUAUACGCCGUCGGGUCCACCGAUCCAAGCGCCGAUAAUCACACCGACCGCUACAAGCGUGUCCGUUGCCUCAGGCACAUCGAAUCUACGUCGCAUGCGGAAGAAGGAGCUGCUGCGUCAGUAUUGCUCGCAGGACAUGAACAUGGAUGAUCCUGCGUGCGCUAGCGUCGCCUCUGCACCUAUCAUCAUGCCACCCAGCAAUCCGAACCGCACGGUCAUCACCAUCCCCAAGGCUGUAGCUUCGAUGACGAGUAUACCGACUCGGGAAGACUACAAGGCGGUCGUAGAUGCGAAUAUGGAGAAGAAGCGGCGGAAGGAGCGCGGUAGUAGCGGUACUGGCGGUAGUGGCUUCCUCGACGUAGUAGCUGGCGAAGAGGAGAGCAGUUCCGAUAGAAAGCGUAGUCUUAUGAUUAGCACGGUCAGCGAUCGUAGGAGAGGUAGACAAACCAGGCCGACCGCCACCACGGUGACGAAUAGCGCCGGGCCGCCGAAACUGAAGAUCAAGAUUGGUAAUAGUAUAAUAGGUGGGCAGGAGAUGGGUAACGCGCAGGACGAUCGUAGCAGGAUCAGGCCGCCGAAGAAGCGACUGAGCAGCAUCCAGAGUACGCCUAGCAUGGAGGAACUCCGUCGCGAGAGCAUGAAGUUCCGCAAGAUGAUCAUGGCGGGCUUCGAUAACGACGAGAAGACGAAGAACAAGCGCGACAAGAACGGCAAGCGGAAGAAGCGGCAGUCCAGCAAGAAGGAGGCGCGGGUGCAGAUUCUGGAGGGCGGCGCCGCGCCGCCCAAGCUCAUCAUACGGCUGGGCAAAUCGGCGGGCGCCAACUCCUCGGCGACGAGCGAUGCGCCGAACAACGCGCCGGCCACCGGCGACGUGGACGACAAUCAGCAGCAGGCGUCGUCGGACAACAAGGACAGCCGAGUGGGCUGCCCGCCGCCGCCCGAGCCCGCCAAGGAGGAGACCGGCGUCUACACGACGGAGGGCGGCGUCGACGAGAAGCAGCCGACCGACCCGAACGCAGGCGCCACCGCCCUCAGGAACAUCCGUUCGGCGAAGGUGACGCCGAUCCGGUUAAAACUGACCCGCUGUCAGGAGGGCUACGAACUGAAGGAUCCGGUGGUAGCGAGUAGCGCGAGUGUGGACGACGUUGGUGGUAGUGGUAGCAGUACUAGUGCGACGACGACGGUAACGUUGGUGAACUCGGCGGCGCCGUUGCCGAUCGGCGGCGCCGAGCAGGAGAGGGCGACGGCGGCGGCAGCGGCGACGGCGGAACGUCUGCCGGCUGCCGGCGUCGCCGGCUCCCUCACCGGGACGAGAGCCGUGCAAGAGGAGCAGCAGCCGCCGUGCAUGGAGAAGCAAUCUUCCAAAGAGGACGAUAUUCCAUUGCUGCCUCAGUCCGCGAAUCACAACUCGCCGGGGUGUCCGCCCGCACCGCUCCCGCAAGGAUGCCAAGUUAGGUGAUAAUUAAUGAUAAUUGUAUAAUACGGUAUAUAAUAUUUAGUGAUUCUUUCUUAGACGAUUUUCUGCGUGCGCGUGUGUAUCACGUACCACGUGCGCGGCAUCGCACCUAUACCUUGUCGUGCUCGUGUAUACGUAAAGAUAUAUUCGCUAAAUAUACACACAGAACGCUACACAUGUUCGCUAACACUUACACACACGUACAUACAAGAUAGAAGGUGUAUAUUGUUCAGUACUAAGACGAGAGACUCGGUUAGAAGCGUUAUAAGAGUGUAAUAUAAAUUAUUGAUUAUUGUAAAUGAUCUGAGGGUGAAGUGAAAUUUCACAAAGUGCCCAAAAUUUACCGCAAAUAGUUAAACAAAAAAAAAAAAGAGAAGACACGUGCAUUUCGUCGGGUGUAUCGACGGUCCACACUAAGGUGUUCCCUCAUUGCGCAAUUAAUUUGUGUAAAACCAUUUCUUAUCCUCUUUGUGCGUACUCUGUGCACUCACUUUUCCUUCGUAACAUGGAUCCUUUGGCCAAUCAGUCUCAAUUUAGAACAAAGCACAAUGGUAAAUGUGUAAUAUUGAUAAUUUUUCUUUAAUUUGUACGGGCAACACACGCACAUACAAAAAACACACACACACACACACACACAAGCCUAAGUUCUCUUCUGAAGAUCUAAAGAUCUACAGAAUCUCUUGUAAAGAGAUUCUGUAAGGAGGGUACGCUUGUCGAUCAACCGUAGCUUUGUCACUGUCAUUUCCAUUCACACUGCAUAACCGUCUAAUUAUUUACUAUUACUUAAGCCUGUAAAACAAUUCUAUAGAAAACAGCUAGGCUGAAUUCCUCCUUAAAUGUUUGUCGACGCGCUACGCUCAAAGAGAUUUCUCUUACGCUCGUCGAUGUGACCUCAAAGCAAUAUGAUGAUCAGGUGUGGAUUUUUAAAGGGACAUAAAUCGGUGCGACGCGUAUUGGCGCGCGCGAAGUCCCGACACGAAGAACGAGGCUCAUGUUCGUGCGCAAUGAUCGACACCUUAGUGAGAGUAUCCGCGGCAGCGACGUAAAAAAAUUACCUUGUACAAGAACCAUAUUUCUCAAAUCACCGCUUAGGUCGUGAUUUUUAAAUGCUAUAGUUAUAACGCGAAUUUUAAUAAACCACAAUACUAUAUAUAUAAUAUAUAUAUAUAUACACAAUAUUUCGAACGAUGUACAGUCGGAUAUCGACUUUAAUGUGGCAAGGACAGCGUAUAUCAACCGGACGUGAAGCACUAAAUGAAGAAAAGGGAUACGCAUUCUUUUCUUUUAUUUUCAGAACAAAUCUUUUCUUUUCGGAUUUUUUUUUUCGACACACAUGCAUAUCCGUUCGCGUGUUUGGAAAGGGAAAGAAGGAAAAGAGGAAAAAAAAAAGAACGUGCUCUUUCGCGAUUUGACAAUUGGAAUUUGCAUGCACUCUCGCGUUUGACGACAUUAAACUCUGCAAGAUGCUAUAACGGCAUCGCGUUUUGCCUUCGAAAAUCGUUCUUCUCCCUUUGUUUUCUUUCUUUCUUUCUUUCGUUUUGUUUUUGCUUCAUGCUAUGCAAUUCGCACACACAAGAUCGCAAAGUUAGACGCGAAAUUUGAAGAUAUUUUUUUAUUAUAUUUUUUUACACGUUAUAUAUAUAUUAUAUAUAUAU